GACACAAGACGAGAUUGUGCGAGAGUUACGUAAACUGACACGCGAGAUUUCGCGAGAAUUACAAAACUGCAGGUCCUGACAUGCGCAGUGGUUCACCUUGAGGAACAUGUGUGUGCCAGUAGUGUGAAUAUAUUUUCUGGUUAUUAGUUUUACAGUUUUGUGCAAUUUCCUCAAAGUAAAACAGACUGAGCUGGGAUCAUGUCUUACUGCAGGGAAGAAGGAAAGGACAAGAUAAUUUUUGUCACCAAGGAGGACCAUGAGACCCCCUCCACAGCUGACAUCACUUACAAUGCUGAGGAAGAUGAUGAUGCUCCAGGCCUGAUCCUGCCCAACGGAGAGAUCAACUGGCAGUGCCCAUGUCUGGGUGGCAUGGCCAGCGGACCCUGUGGGGAACCCUUCAAGGAGGCCUUCUCCUGUUUCCACUACAGCCCUGCCGAACCCAAGGGCUCGGACUGCAUCGAAGAGUUCCGGAACAUGCAGGAGUGUAUGUCUAAGUACCCCGAGUUGUACCCCUUUGAUAAGGACGAGGAAAAUGAUAAGGGCACGGAGGAACAAUCAAAAGGGACAACAACAACGGUGGAACAGAAAACAAACGAGGAGGUAGCAGUGUCAAAGGAAUCUGUGGCUACUCGAGCAAGCUAACCUCAAGUCGAGAUAAGAAACUUUGUAAACCUUAUGCGGAAGAUAUAUUUAGACCUAAGCAUGACUUGUACAGAGAGUGAUUUGAAUAUAGAACUCACUGUGUUUAAUAGUCACCUGUUACAUACUGUUUGAAACUUGGAACUUAAAAUUAUAUGAAGAGAUAUAAUCAGGGCUACUUGCAACCUAAAGACAGCCAGUAAAUACUUUAUACAAGAAAAGUUACAACUUUGAUAAAUCAGACUUUUUCAACUUUGGGGUUGGAUUCAAAUACUUAUACUGAAGGUUUCCGAAUCUCUAAAUGGCCCGAGAGCUGAGUGUGUAUUUCACCAGAAGAUCUGCUUGGUGAUCUGUAAACUUUGUACAAUCUCAAAAACCUGUGUAGAAAUUAAGAGAACGUCGGCUGCAGUGCUGCCGAUAAUGUUCUUUAGAGCUUGUAGACUCAUUGCGUGAGCUAUUUCUAGUAUCACGGUACGUCUGCUGCAUGCAGAGUUUCAGCGAGGAGACGUGUAUUUUUUUUUUUACCAAAAAAGUUUUUCGGCCAGACAGUUGUUUGUAUACCAGAGAAUUAUGUGAAUUGCAGAAUAUUAUGGGAACUGGAACUGAUAAUUUUCAAUGAUUUAUCAAACUCAAAACAUAAAUAAAGUUUAGCCAUUGUCUCCCAGUAUUGGUCAUCCCAGACCGACGUCUUAAUUCAAUCACAAAUAAAGUUUCUGAUUUUUGUA